AUGAAGAUGUACGGCCAACGAGCAAUCGAAUGCCAGUCAGAUGGAAACUGGGAUAAUCCAUUUCCACAAUGUGGAGGAAAAGCUCAGUGUACCAAACCGACAAAGAACUUGCAGCAUGUGACCCUGUUAGAUGAGAAAAAUCUAUUCAACAACUUUGAUACUUUGAGAUACAAGUGCAAUAAACCAUAUGACAAAAAUCCAGGAGGAACUUUGACGUGUAGAGAUGAAAAAUGGAUUGGAACGAUUUACUGCACAAGCAGCAUUUGUCCUCCACCACCUUUAAUUGAAGAUGGAGAUUAUAACAUUGAGGUUAAGAUCGAUGAGGUCAUCACAAAGGUUUCAUACUCUUGCCAAUCUUACUAUGUGCUGAAAGAACCGAAAAAACAGUACAUGUGUAGGGAUGGGAUAUGGGACACGCCUCCAAAAUGUCUGAAGCCAUGCAAACUUACACCUGAGAUUUAUAUGGAUUACAAUAUACAACCUGUCCAAUAUAACUACGUACAGCACAGUGAUAGAGAGAUUGCACUUGAUUGUAAAACAGGAUGGAAUGCUGGAGGUGUCAAAAGAUCAGAUUAUGUGAAGGGGACAUGCUCUGAUGGGAAGAUAACUAUUAAAAAAAAAUGUGAUUCAAAAAAUAUAUUUGGAUAGACUAAGGUAAACACUGAGACCUGAAGCCUUCUGAUGUAACCAAAGCAUGAAGAUGGACAGACACACAGAGACAAGAACACAUAAAUGCAUUUAUGUUGCUGCAGUCUACAUGCUUAUCACACAGUUUCAUGGUUUCAAAUAAUCUUUAUAAAAUUAUCACUUCAGAAUAAAGAUUCACAU